UCCAAUGGAUAACAAAAAUGGCGAAAUAAUUGUAUCGAUUCAAUCCCAAGUGUUUGAUGGGUUUUGUGGCAACAAUGUUGGGACUUUUGUAUUAAGAAGAAGAGGACAUAUACCUAAAAUUUUAAACACAGUUCAAUACUACUCCAAAUACAAACAUAUAGGUGCUGAAAUAUCAAAUGAUACUUUAAAAAAUAUAAUAAAUGAAUUCUGCAAAGAUAUUUUAUUCGCCGACAAUAGUAGUAAUACCAACAAUCAUACUACAACAGUUAUUACUGCCACCUCUACAACUAAUACUAAUCAAAUAUCAUUUUUAACAGGAUAUAUGAAAACAUAUGAUUGUGUUGAUAUUGUUAUGAAUGCUAUUGUAGAAUUAAAAAAAAAAAAAAAAAUAGAAAACAUAAUCACGAAUAAUGAAAAUAUAGAAAAAAUACAAAAUAAAGAAAAAGAACAAGUUGAGCUUUUAAUUGAGAAUAUAAUAAAUUUAAACUACUUCUGGAUAUGUGACCCAGUAAUGGGUGACAAUGGAAGAGUAUACGUAGAUAGCGAUGUCGUAAAAGCAUAUACAAAAGCCACUACUUAUGCUGAUAUAAUCACACCUAACCAAUUUGAAUUAGAACUACUAUCAAAUACUAAAAUAAAUAAUGAAAAAGAUGUUAUAAAAUCAAUUGAUCAAUUAUUAAAUAAUGGAUCUAAAAUUAUAAUAGUAACAUCUGUCCGUUAUUCUUUUGAUGCUUCAAAUUUAUAUUUAUAUGUUGGAUUUUAUAAUAAUAAUAAAAAACUCAUUUGUUUUAAAUUUAAAAUUCCACGCUGUGAUAUUGACAUAUGUGGUACUGGUGAUUUGUUUACUUCGUUAUUGCUAUCUUUUAUACUCAAACAAAAAGGAAAUAUUUUGAAAAUAAUUUCAAAGGUUUUGAAUAUAAUGCAACAUGUCAUAAAAAAUAGUGUUGGUUCUAUGGAUUUGCGUAUAAUAGAAAAUCAAGAUAUAAUUGCUACUGAUGGACUAAUUGGGGAUUUAAUUAAGGAGGAACUCGUUUCUAUAUAAAAUGCUUAUUUUUUUUUUUUUUUUUUUUU